AUGGAUAAUGAUGAUUAUGAUCUAUUUUCAAUUUUUCAUAGCUGCAAUGCUAACACCUAUACUUCUCCUACCACCAUUUUUGAAACUCUUCCUCCACCUCAAACCUUAACAACCACCUCCAUCAUUACCAAUAACAUUAUGUCUCCUCAAAACACCACACCAUCUUACUUUGAUGAUUUUUCUUUAACCCAAGAAAAUAGAUCAUUCAAUUUUUCUCCACUUAAACCAACUGAUUUUAUAGAACUAGACAAAUUAAAAAUCAAUUUCAAUCCCACCACCGUUAACCCCGUCCACACCACAACUAUCCCCGUUACCAUCACCCCCACCACUACUAUCCUAGCUACCUCGGCCACCAUUACUACUACCGACAUUCCUAUCCCUACCCACAUAACCACUACUACCAUCACUAGCACUAUUAAUCAUGACUUCGAUCAAAAUUCCAAUUUUUUUCAUUUCCCAUCACUCAUCAGCGAACAGCAGAUGCAACCGAUUGAUAUUACUGGUCCUGAAAAUACUAUACCUAAUAUAAAUCCAACGACCAUUGUCCCUAUCACAACCAUCAAUAGCCUUACCACCAAUAUUCCCACACCCAUUAGUGCCGCUUUCACUUACCCUAGCCUUCCAUCAAACAUUUUUACCCCAAGUGUCGUAACCACUACACCUUCUAUGAGUACCAUGAUUAACACUAACCCUAGUUGUCAUGGAACUAAUAACCAUCCUAAGAUAUAUAAUUUCCCAAAACACUUUGAAGAACAACAUAUCCAACAAAAUCAAAACAUUCAACCGUCUGCUCUUAAGCCCGCCACUUGCAUUGAAAUCACAACGGCUCAUUUUGAUCUUGCUUACAAUCAUCCAUCAAUUUCUAAACAAUAUGCAAGAGAGUGCAAUCAACUACCAAAUCUACAACCCCAGAUUAGCUCUGAGAUUUUACCAAAUGCAGGCCCACAAGGAGAAUCCAGCAAAAAUAGGAAAAGAAAGCUUGAUAAUCCAAAGGUAGUAGAAUGGCAUAUGAGCGUAGAGAAGUUGGGUGAAGAUCCAUGGGAAUGGAGAAAAUAUGGACAAAAACCCAUCAAAGGAUCUCGAUAUCCAAGGGACUAUUAUAAAUGUAGCACUUUCAAAGAAUGUAUGGCGAAAAAACAUGUGGAGAAAAAACCAAACAAAGAGAAUAUUUAUGUUGUGACAUACAUAGGAGAGCACAACCAUCCAAAACCCAAUGUGGAUUGUUCUCCUCAUAACAAGACUUCAAAGAAGAGAUUCGGUGUCAAAAAAUAUGGAUCUUUGCCAAAGACUAGAAACUCUGAUUCUCCCAGUACGGUGAUGCCACAGUUUGAUCAGCCAGAAUGCAGCAAUGCUCAAGUUCAUAUAAGUCAAUCAAAAGAAAAUCAUCAAGAUCCUGGACUUAUAGGGAGUCAUUCACCUACUACUGAGAAAUCAGAUCAUAAUCCGAUAUGAGGAGCAUGGGAAAGACAAUACUCUGAUGACGAAGGCGAUAU